AUGACCAUGGAAAGUGAAGACGAAUUUGAUCAUCUCAGCUCCAGCCAUGUUAGCAAUCUGCGGAACAAGAAGGGCUUCCAGAAACAAUUUCAGAGAGACGAUGAAUCGUCCAGUGAAGAAGAAGCCUCGAUCAAGCUGGAGAGUGAUACGGAGCAAGAGGGGCAGGCUUCCGCCGCAGCGGAUCGUACAUUCAGCGAUGAUUUGUCUAUAAAAUCGGAACCAGAAUCGCUGAGUGAUGAUGAUUCGAAUGUUGUUGAGAAAAAUGCUCUUAUUUCUAGCUAUGUUAAUGCAUUGAAAUCGAAAAUGGGUUACACCGAUGAGUCAGAUGAAUCGUCCAACGAAGAGGACGAUGUGUCUUUCAAGUCCGAGUCUGAAACCGAGGACGAGUUGCCGCAACCUGAUCCUGAACCUGAUCAGGAUUCCGAUGCGGAUAAAGAACAAACUAUGGAAAACAUUGAGAGAGACACUACUGGAACGUCGCCGAAGGCAAACAACCCAGAGGGAGUACAAGAUAAACCGAAAAAAGGGAAAAUGAACCUAAAAAAGAAGUUAGACGAGCAACGCACAGUUAAACCCGAAGAAGAGCUCAUGUCCAAGUUAAAGACAAAGGUACCGAAGAAGGUAAGAAUCGAUCUACCUAAAUCGAAGAUGGAAAAGGAGCUAAUGUCGCUUGUAUUCGGUGGCAAAGCUGCACUUGUCUCCGAACUAACAAACGAAAGCAAGGAGAAACAACCAAAAACUGAAACAUCAACAAAAGUCACACAACCACAGAAACCAGGCGACAAAUCCACGGCCAAACGGUCUGCCAUCUGGCACGAUUCGGACGAUGAUGAUGAAGAGGAUUCAUCGAACAUAAAGCGCAAUAAAUUCAGCCGCGAAGAGCUGCCGGAACAGCUUACGAACGAAAGACGACGUAAACAGUUCGAACAGCUUGUCGGCAAACCGAAGUGGGCUGAUUUGGAUCGCGAUCGGGACCUCGAUUCUGACGAUGAAAUUCUGCAAAAAGUUGGACACGUUGUGAAGGGAACGGCAUCGCAGGGACUGCCCAAGGGUAUGAUUGAAUUGAAAAAGUUAAAAAAUUUAAACCGAGAAACAAAAGCGGAAGGCGAAAUCACCGGCAUUAAUUUCCAUCCAACGUCGAUGGUAGCGAUCAUGACCGGCAAGCGUGGCCUGGUGUCCAUCGUUACGGUGGAUGGUGUCCGAAACGAGAAGCUGCACACGAUCUGGCUACCGAAAAUGCGUGUCGUUUGUAGCAGUUUGUCGCCGGAUGGUAGUGAAGCCACUUUCGGGAGUUAUCGCAAGUUCUAUCACGUGUACAACUUAAUGAGCGGACGGAGCGACACGCUCAAGAUACCGGAGCGGGAAACGUGGAUGAUGAAAAAUUAUCGCGUGUCCCGAUGUGGCAAAUAUCUGGCCUCGGCUGGCGAAUGCGGUGAAGUUCAUCUCAUGAGCGCUAAAUCGAAGGAAGUGCUGCAAACGAUACAGCUACGCUAUCCAUGCCAAUCGCUGUCAUUUACACCCGACUCGCGAUACUUGCUUUGCCACAGUAACGAUACGGAAGUGACCGUAUUUAGCCUGGAGCAGAAAAGGAUAGUGAACGUGUUCCAGGACGAUGGGUGCGUUAAUGGAUCGUGUAUUGCUGUUUGCCCCAAUGGGCAGUUUGUGGCUACUGGUAGUCGACAGGGCGUCGUCAAUAUCUACCGACUGGAUGUGACACUUUCCCAGAAGCAACCGGUACCGCUGAAGACAAUUAACAAUCUGACCACGUACAUCGAUUCCCUUUCGUUCAAUGUGACCUCCGAGCUGCUGGCGAUUGCAUCGUCCACUGUGAAAAAUGCGGUGAAGCUUAUCCACGUCAAGAGCACCACGGUUUUCCGUAACUUCCCGUUACCGAUGACAAAUAUGGGCCACAUAACGACGGUGGAAUUUUCUCCUUCCGGUGGAUAUCUCGCACUUGGAACGAAGGAAAGCACGGUUCUACUGUUCAGAGUAAAGCAUUAUCCCAAUUAUUAA